CGCUCUGACUAACUUCUAAAUCGAACUUUGGUGUUUACGGAAACAUUUGAAAAGAGUAUUUAAACACAAUAGUCCGCGCAUUUUGUUUGGACCUCCUUUGGGGGGUUUCAAACCUCCUCGUAACGCUGUAGGAACAGUUCUUCAUGGCAAAGGGUGGAAAAGGGGCGGGCGAGGGAGAAUCUGACAAGCGAGGGAGGAAGGGAGGGGGAGAUUCGAUACAGAACAGCACCCAUCAGACGCGGAAUUCAAAGCAGUCAGGAACACAGAGCCGCCACCUCGAGUAGGUGUGAAGGAUUCAUCAGGACACUGAAGACUGACACACUGUGGUGGAUCGGCUGAAUCAGGAUCACUGCUAGACUAAAUGCAACAUUCCCUUUAGCUGGAAGCAGACCACGUAUCUGAGUGCACCAUGGAUUUUGUGAUGAAGCAAGCGCUGGGUGGGGCAACCAAAGACAUGGGGAAGAUGUUAGGAGGAGAGGAAGAGAAGGACCCUGAUGCCCAGAAGAAAGAAGAAGAGAGACAGGAGGCGCUCAGACAACAAGAAGAGGAGCGAAAGGCCAAACAUGCUCGUAUGGAGGCCGACAGGGAAAAGGUCAGACAGGCCAUUCGAGAUAAGUAUGGUCUAAAGAAGAAAGAAGAGAAGGAGGCAGAGGAGAAAGCGGCUAUGGAGCAAGCAUGCGAAGGCUCCUUGACUCGCCCCAAAAAGGCCAUCCCAGCAGGCUGUGGGGCGGAAGACGACGAGGACGAGGAGAGCAUUCUAGACACCGUUCUCAAAUUCCUGCCGGGACCUCUGCAGGACAUGUUUAAAAAGUGACAGACAUGAAGCUGUUUCUCAAGGAAGGUGGAUGAGGGGGGAAUUUUGCCAAACAGGUGAAAGGCUUUUCACUGCCUUGACAGAAUUUUUAUCGCUCCUCUCUUAUGGAUAGAUACACAAAUCAUAACCCGCCAACGUUCGGUCUUUUCACUGCCAUUCAGGUUCAGGUUGUUUACACUUUCUAUAAGUCUCUGUGUUUGUUUACUGACCACCAGGGUCUCUGAUGCUGCCUUAGGUACUCCACCAUCAGCCCGACAGAAACAGCACAUUACAGCUUGAGCUCUGCCACUGGGAAUAGAUCUGUUUAGUUAAAACCCAAGAGGAUUUUAAAACUCUAGCUUGAUAUAACUGUCCCGUUUUCACCGAAAAAUUGUCAGUGCUGAAUGCAGCUCUACUGCUUUGACUAGUUGCAUGAGGUCAAAAUCCUACUACUGUAUAUGAUGAAUUAUGUUUGCCAUCAGUGAGUUUGAUGAUACGGCGCCAUCUGUGACAAUGAGAGACGCUGAUAAACUGUGUUAGAUGUGCCACGUUAGACCGCCUGAACGCUCAGAUGGUUUGCAGCCUGGCAGUUCUCACUCGUCUAUGAUGUAUUAUCAUAUCAUGUAGUAUUAUGAUUUUAUAUUUUAUUCUUGAUUUGAAAACAAGUGAUAUUCACGUUAGCCUUGCCAGCAAAAGAUCAGGAAAAGCUCAGUAAGUACUAGAUCUGUCUGUGACAACACCACAGUUUAUCAUUGCACACACCGGACCAAAUCAUCUUUACAAUUAAGAGUUAUUCAGGACGAUUGGAGAUCCCAAACCCUUUUAGUGUGCAUUCAGAAGUCAGUCAGUGUUUCACAGCACAUUCAUCCCGAUGAUCUGAUGCUAGAUUACUCACACAUGACAAUCAGAAAUGAACUGGUCUCUUUCAAAAAAACUUUUUUAUGUUUGUUAUCUGUUCAAAAUGUAUGUAAAAUUAAAGAUGGGUCACAAAUUAUUUGGGAUGUUCUGCUAUAUUAGAAUGACUGCUUGCUGAAUAUUAUGUAAAGGUUUGAUUUUAGUUUUUAUUGUAGAAAAAAAAAACAAGCCUAAGUGUAGUAUAAUGAAUUUAGGAUUAUUGCAUAAAGUGAAGGCUUUGUUUUAUAUGGAAACCAGUUUCCGCCACUGAAUUAAAAUUAUAAAAGGUAAUUGCAUCUUUUCAUCUCACAAUGCUGACUUUUUUUCUUGCAAUCAUAGUCUGGACUUUGUUUCUCACAGUUCAGAUUGGUGAGAUAUAAACUCAGAAUUGCAAUAUGUAAACUUGGUAUUACGAGAAAACAAGACAGAAUUCUGAGUUUGUUUUUGGAAAUUCUACGUUUUUUUCUUCUUAGAAUUCUGAGAAAUUCUGUGCUUUGUUUUCUGCAUAAAAAACAAAAACAAAAUUCCAAAUUCUUUUUUCCAUGCAGUUGUCCGUUAAUAACUUUCAGUUCAUCUCAGAUAUAAAUUCGCAAUUACAUGAAAAACAAAACAUGGUUCAUAAAAACUUGCAUAAUGUAUGAAAUUAUGGAAAAGGGCUUUAGUUUUAAAUGAUGUUUUUGAAAAUAAUUAUUAAUCGAUUAAAUAUAUAUAUAUUUAUACAUGCAAAAUUAUAUACAAAAUUACAAAAUUAAUUAUAAGAAUGCAUGAGCUUCAAUCACAACAGUAAAAAAUACCAAAGAGAGAAUGAACCACACCGUAGUACUGUGCUGACAGUUCUAUUAUAACAGUAUGAAAAUAUUUCUAUAAACUGUUAAAUUCACACAUCUGAUCAACAACAAUCAUUCCUGCUGUGAAACACAAUAUAUCUGCAUGAUCAUUUUUAAAAAUGCUGCUUAAAAUAUUCAUCUUACUGCUGGCAAAUCUAAUGUGGGGUUGCAAAUAUGAUGACUUAGGGCUUUUUGAUUUCUUUAUGUCCUUAUGUUUUUAAGCAUUGAGUAAACACUGCCAUUUGAUAAACAUGUUUGAUGCAUAUUUCGGGGAGGGAUAAAUGUUUACAUAAAUGUUUAUGAACACUGGGGUAAAGAGGCAAACAUAUUUUGUAAAGUAAUUCUCAAAUGGGUAUUGUAUUGCAUGAUGGGAAAUACAAACCUAUACGUUUUCAUUUCAAAAAGUCAGUAGUUAUAUGUUUUCCAGUCAGUCAGAUUAAAAAUGUGUCCCUUUAUAAACUCUGUUAGCAAAUGAAAUAACGACAGGAUUAUAUCCGAACCCAUUAGGCUGGUUGUUAUGUGAUCAAAAUGCUUUAAGAUUGUAAAGUUUGUAAAAAACAAAUAUCUUAGUAAAAACAGAAUGACAUACUUUAGAAUAGCACAUGCUACACACAAGUAGACUUUAAUUUUAACAGUGCGGAAGAACUUUUAAAAAAAAAUUACAUUAGAAAGAAAGAAUGAGAUCGACUUUUUCAUUUUUGUAGUGCUGUAAGAUUUUCCACUAGUCAAAGCCAUAUUGUUAGACUGCAAUAAUUAAUGAAAAAAUAAUCAUCUUGUAGUCUUGCAUCUGUUUCCUGUAUGUUGAAAUCUAUUUAACUCUUAGUAGUACGUCAGAAAGUGUAUUUACUUUCUAUAGAGAGAGAGAGAGAGUCUUUAAAAAAAAUGCUACUGUAGUACAGUGUGCUGUACUGUAUGUGCUGUUUGUUUUCAAUGUACGUGUGUAUUUAUGUGUGUCUGUAACUGUUUGUGCUGUACAAUGUUAUUUCAUGUUGUACCACUGAUGUCUCUUUUGUGCGUACAGUCUAAAGCAGGCUGUGUCCGCUGUCAUGAAGACGGAGGAACCGGGAUAUAUGAGAGUCCUAAUGUUCAUGUAUGCAUGCAGAUCAACUUUGCAUUAAAUACCAAAUCCGAGCGUCAGGUUGUGCCUGUUUAUGUAUCACUGUCCCUGCAACAGAAGCUGCACCCUUUAUCCAGGGAUGUGUUCCCAUCUGUCUAAUGAGAUACGAUGAAUUUUCAGGCCUAUUAUUCAGGUUGACAGAAUGGAGAGAUCAUUUCAAAACCAUUGCUAAUACUCAUCUAGGGUCAUUUCUUGUCCUUUAUCAUACGCAACUUGAUCUCAGACAGAAAAUGUGAUAUUAUAUUAGUUGUACUUCCAGUAUUCCUCUUGUCGCAAAGACAUUCAUGGAGUGUGUUCAUCACUUCAUGACAUUUAAACACCAAGUCAACAAGUAUUUGGACACUUUUUGGUCGUACUUAAAUGUCAUUAGAUAGAAAAUAUCAAGUGUCAUCUGAAGACAAACGAUUCUAGUCCUUGAACUUCAGUUCAUCACAGUUUAUCACAUCUAAUGUCAUUCAGUUUGGAGUUUUUUCAAGUUGUUAUAUAGUGCACCAAAAAAAAUGUAUGCAGCUCCUCUGUUCAAAUACUUUUUGAGGUCACAGUAUAGUUGGUUGAUUCCCCACAGAAGCAAAACUAUUUAGGUCUAAUUUCUUUUCAUUUGUGUCACAGACGAAUUUGGAAUUUCUCAUUUUAUGUAAUUUUUCGAUUACAUGAAUAAACUGGGUGAAAGGGC